ACUCCAUCAUCAACGGUCUUCAAUUCCAUGGCCAUACUUGAUCUCCGCUAAAUCUUUCAUUCAUUCCCUGAACCCCAUCAUUCGAUCUCACCUCACCAAAUGGGUCGACAAAACAAACUAAUGAGAGACCUCCUCGGCAUCCUCAAAGACAAAGCAUCACUAAUCAAAGCAACUCUCUCAAUCAAACCCAUCACCGUCGCAGUCCUCCGCGCCACCACCCACUCCCCCUCUUCUCCUCCUCCCGACCACCGCAUCGCCGCCUUGCUCUCCCUCGGCAACGACACUCGCCCCACCGCCUGCGCCACCGUCGCCGCCGUCAUGGACCGCCUCCACUCCACCCCCGACACCUUCGUCGCCCUCAAAUGUCUCAUCACUCUCCACCACAUCAUCUCCCAAGGCUCCUUCAUCCUUAAAGACCAGCUCUCCUUCUACCCCUCCUCCGGCGGCCGCAAUUUCCUCAACCUCUCGGUUUUCCGCGACGGCCGUGAUGUCGAAACCUGGGAGUUGUCGAACUGGGUUCGAUGGUACGCUGGUGUUUUGGAACGUAAUUUAAUCACUUCUCGGGUUUUGGGUGUUUAUAUAUCUGAUCCUUCUUCGACGAAAGUCACUGUAACAACAACGUUGCUGAACUCGGAUUUGAUCAGAGAUGUUGAUGUUUUGGUGGGUUUGGUUGAGGAAAUAUGUAGAGCUCCAGAUUCGUUGCAUUUUCAACAGUACGAUUUGGUGUACGAGGUCGUCAAUUUGGUCGGCGAAGAUUACAGGUCGACUCAGCAACAGAUUGUGAUUAGACUCGGUGAGUGCGGGGAGAGGAUUGGUGGGUUGAGUUCUGGUGAGUUGGUCGAGUUGACUCGGUGUUUGAAGAGAUUGGAGGAGUGUAGAGAGAGAUUGGUAGUGGUGUUUGUGAAUAGGAAACGAAACGAUGCGUUUUGGGAUUUGGUGGGAGAGACGAAGGUGAAGGCUGAUAGGGUGGUGGAGGAGGAGAGAGAAAGGGAGAGGUGGCUGGUGAGGUUGGGGGGACCGAGGAGAGAGGAGGGGAGUGAGUCGACUCGGGGUGGAGAACGAGUUUUGAGACCGAGUCAGUUGUUAAUGUUGCCAUAUGGAGGAGAAUGGCUUGGCUUGGACCGGGUCCAAAGAACCGUUCCCUCCGCAAUGGCAUGACAUGGCCUUUUUCUUUUCUUUUCUUUUCUUUUUUAAUUUUAUUUUUGGAAUAUAAAUUUUUUUCAGUGGUGCCUCCUUUUUUCUUUUUUUUCUUUUUUUUUAUAUAUGCAUUUGAGUAUGCUUUUCUUUUCUUUUCUUUUCUUUUUUUUUUCAACUGUCCUGAAUUUUUUUGGGCAGUCUAAAUUGUUUUGGAAUAUAACUGUUUGUAAAUUUUGAGUGGAAAA